GUCUUUUUAUCAUUUUACCUAAACACAACACAAGGUGGCCAAAAUGAGCAGUGUUUGUGCUGAACAGCACAAGCUUCACCCUUCUCACCGACUCCCUUCACCAAAGAAAUCCAUUAGGGAAAUUGACAUCCCUCCAAGGAAGCUCCUCACUCGCCGCGCCGCCACAUAUGACGGCGCCACCGACAUAUACUCCGACGACACCAUCCUGCAAAAGUUCCUCCCUUACAACAAUCUUGAUUCCGAUGACUCUGACUCCGAGGACCCCUACUCCUCCGACCACUUUCGGAUGUUCGAAUUCAAGGUCCGCCGGUGCACCCGCAGCCGGAGCCACGACUGGACUGACUGCCCUUUUGCCCAUCCAGGAGAAAAAGCGCGGCGCCGGGACCCACGGCGAUAUCAUUACUCAGGAACAGUCUGUCCUGAAUAUCGCCGCGGAGGGUGCAGCCGCGGCGACUCAUGCGAAUACGCUCACGGCGUGUUCGAAUGCUGGCUGCACCCUGCUAGAUACAGGACUGAAGCCUGCAAAGAUGGCAAGAACUGCAAGCGAAAGGUGUGUUUCUUUGCUCACACCCCUCGGCAGCUCAGAAUCUUGCCAGUAACAUCGUCUUCAUCCACCUCUUCAAACGACAAGAAAAACAAAUUCUUGAACCAUGCUUCAAGGUCAAACAACAACAAUUGUUGUUUGUUCUGCCAUGGUGCUGCUUCUUCUGCUUCUCCAACUUCAACGCUUUUUGGCAUGUCCCAUUACUCGCCACCACUGUCACCAUCAUCGUCUACCUCGCCGCCUCUUUCGCCGUUUCAACUCAGAAACGGGGUUUCUUCGAUUUCUCAUUACGGUGUCGAGAAUCAUUACGGUGUGGAGAACCAUCAUAAUCGUGUGGUGAGUUAUAAAGAUAUGUUAACUGAAUUGAUGAGUUCUUUGGAGGGUUUGAGUUUCAACGAGGUUUUGAGUUUAAAUGAGGGUUCGCAAGUUUCUGCAGCAAAAACACCGAACUUGUCAUGGCUUGAUGUUCCUCUGAACCGUGAGGAUCAGCAACAACAGUUCAUUGUUUCGUCCACUACUCAGACAUCCACAAGUUCCAAUGGCAAGUUUUCUUGCAGCAAAUUCUUGGGCAACGACAACAAGGUUGUUGUCGGUCCUGAUGGUAAUAGCCCAGAUCUCGGGUGGGUGAAUGAGCUGCUGAUGUAA